UAUGUCUAUUUGAGUUUCUAUCAUCAUGUUGCCGUAGUUACAGCUGCUAUAUAGAUUGGUGUCCAUACGAGCCUGGUUACUGUUUAACCUCCCCACCCACAUUUGCCCAGAUUAGGAAAAUCAAUAAGAUAACAGCGGCAACACCGGCCUUACCUUGCACCAACAACACCCUUCUCACACUGCAGCAAGCUGCGCCAAACUUCCACAUUUUACACCUUAUGGUGAGGGAGGAAAACGUGGAUUUAAAACACAUGCUCGAGGAAGCAGAGGACGACAUGGUCAAUGUAAACACACAAGUCAGUUCAAGUAUGGAACUUCCAUUUGCUUGCCUCAGCCUGGCCGGGCCUGAGAGAGCCGCUGAGGCUCAUGGGCCUUUGCUCAGCUGGCCGGCUCACUAUCAGGGCUCGGCCUUCAGAGGGAUGUAUGGCCAAGAUGGGACGCAGCACUUCACCGACCCAGACUCCUCACCGACUGAGAGUGGCAUGAAUGCUACCGGCCACCUGGGGGCGGGCAGCCUGUGUGCCAUAUGUGGAGAUAGAGCCACUGGCAAACACUACGGGGCAUCCAGCUGUGACGGCUGCAAGGGCUUCUUCAGACGCAGCGUCCGCAAAAACCACAUGUACUCAUGCAGGUUCAACAGACAAUGCAUUGUGGACAAAGACAAGCGAAACCAAUGCAGAUACUGCAGACUGAAGAAAUGCUUCAGAGCUGGCAUGAAGAAAGAAGCUGUGCAGAAUGAAAGAGACAGAAUCAGCACCAGGAGAUCCAGCUAUGAAGACAGCAGUUUACCAUCCAUUAAUGCGUUGAUCCAGGCAGACGUACUGUCACGACAGAUCACCUCCCCUGCUCCUAUACUGAACGGCGACAUAAGGACUAAAAAGAUUGCCACCAUCACAGACGUGUGUGAGUCCAUGAAACAACAGCUGUUGGUCUUAGUGGAGUGGGCCAAGUACAUCCCAGCCUUCUGUGACCUGCCCCUGGAUGACCAGGUGGCGUUGCUGCGUGCCCAUGCUGGAGAACACCUCUUGCUCGGUGCUGCAAAGAGGUCCAUGCUAUACAAAGACAUCCUUUUAUUAGGAAACGACUACAUCAUUCCCAGAAACUGCCCGGAGUUGGAAGUGGGUAGAGUAGCAGUGAGAAUCCUGGAUGAGCUGGUGCUUCCCUUCCAGGAGCUUCAGAUAGAUGACAAUGAAUAUGCAUGCUUGAAAGCCAUAGUUUUCUUUGACCCAGAUGCUAAAGGUCUGAGUGACCCCGGAAAGAUAAAGCGGAUGCGAUACCAGGUCCAGGUCAGCCUGGAAGACUACAUUAAUGAUAGGCAGUACGACUCCCGGGGCCGCUUUGGGGAGCUGCUCCUGCUGCUGCCGACGCUACAGAGCAUCACCUGGCAGAUGAUUGAACAGAUCCAGUUUGUCAAACUCUUUGGUAUGGCCAAGAUCGACAACCUGCUACAAGAAAUGCUUCUCGGAGGUUCUGCCAAUGAGGCUCCACAUGCACCUCACUCUCUGCACCCUCACCUGGUUCAGGAGCACCUCAGCAGCAAUGUUAUAGUGGCCAGCAACAUGACAACGCCGAUCCAUAAUGGUCAAAUCUCCACUCCUGAAACCCCGAUCCCGUCUCCGCCUACUGCCUCCAGCUCAGAACAUUAUAAAAUGGCUCAGGGGGUCAUUGCCACCGUGCCCAAGCAGCCAACCUCCAUCCCUCAGCCGACUAUUACAAAGCAAGAGGCCAUCUAACAAUCCUCUGAAUUCUUAUUCCUUCAGUUUUUUUAUUGCAUUAAGCCAGGGUCUUUAUAUGUAAGUUUAUACACAAGCUGUUAACUUGACUGAAACAAUAAAGUAGCUGAAUAUAUAGAAUGUAAUUGCAAUGAUGUCCCUUGCAGAUUGCUGUUUUUCUUCAGGGAUCUAUUUGUUCACACAUGCAGCUGCAGUUGAGCUCCACAGCUCAGCGAAAGCCAGACAAAACCAUAAGCAUCAACACUAUCCAGUCAUGAUGUUGUUCUGUAAGAUCGACACAUAUAAAUACAUUUUUGUAUAUAUAGUUUUAUUAUUGGGUGACAUCACUUCCUUUAGCAUGGCCUCAGUGUGUGUAGUAAGGCUUAUGUUAGACAUGGUGGCGUGAUCAUGUCAGUAUUUUAUGAAUGUUACAACAGGCCUUAUAUUGUCAUGUAUUUAGUGUUGCACAGUAUUUUAUUUUAUGUUCAUUAGUGAUAAAAUGGUGUCAACUCAGAAAGAAAUUCAUUU